AUGAUGAACGAAGUGUCCGAUGAAGAUAUUACCUAUGAGGAUACACAGAAUGACGAUGUAGAUAUGUGUGUAGGUGAUAUAGGAGUUGAAGUUGAGGAAGACGAAGAGGAAGAAAAAAUAGAUUGGAGUAGUAGCAUAUAUGAUAAGAAGAUCAUUCAAGGAGAUGUUGAAUUAAUAGAAUUUAAAGAAAAAAAUAUUUCAUAUUAUAAGAGAUUUUAUGCGAAUAAAAGUAUAUAUUGCGUCAACUCUUAUAAGAAAUGGAUAUAUUUUGGAAGUAUAAAUAAUAAUUGCUAUCUGUACAACAAUUUUGACAAUGAUUUGAAAAAUUUUGUAAAUGAGGGAAUGAGUAGUAAUACAAGCAGCAUCAACGGAAGUAGUAGUAGUAGUACAGAGAUGAGUGGAAAUGGACUUAGGAGACGUGAUAAGGAAAAAAUGAGUUUACAACAUUUGAAGCAUCAGAAAUAUACUGAUACUGUUACAAAUAUUAAAUUUUCAAAAAGUUACAAAUAUAUUGCUUUAUGCAUUUAUAAUGGAGAUAUAUAUAUUUAUGACAAUAAUAACAUGAACCGUUCAGAAAUUUUAAGUUAUAAUAUUACAAAUUUUAAGCAAAACAUUAAUAAUAGCAACUCAUUACUUCAUAUAUAUAAUUGGAAUGUAGGAAUUACACAAUUUAAGAAAGAAGAAGAAUGGAUAACAGAAGAUAUGAAUUUUAUAAAUAUUUUAUCAAUUAACGAUGCGAAUGACAAGAAAGAUAUUGAAUACUUUAUGUUUUGUCCAUUCAAUGAAGAGAUUAUAUUGAGUAUUUAUCUAGAUUCCCCAAAUAUAUAUAUUUGGAAUAUACGACAAAAUACACCUAUCAGUAUUACAUACACAACUCAUAUACCAACUUUUAUAAACAUUUGCAAUUAUGAAAAUAAUUUUUAUUUAAUUGCUGGUUUUAACAGUGGAGAAACAUAUGUAUACGAUUAUGAUAUUUACAAUUUGAAAAAACGAAAUGUGAAUAAAAAAAAUGAAUCCAGAAUUAAAUCUGAUCAUAAUGAUAUGAUGAUGAUAUUGAACCAUUCCAAGAAGCACAAUAAUUAUCACCAUUAUGAUCACAUGGGAGGAGGAGGAGGAGAAGAAGAAGAAGAAAAAGGAGAAAUGGAGACUCUAAACAGUGGCUCACCUGAUGGACUUUCCAUGUAUCGCUAUUCUGCUUCAUUAAAUAAUUACAGUAUUGUUAAGACAACUCCUGAAGUAUACAACAGUAUUGGUGCUGGUUCUGGUAUUGUUGGGGGUACUACCCGAUUAGCUAGCCACGGUUCUGGUGUUAGCAGAGUGAACAACGAGUUAUGCCCUGUGAAAAAUCAUCACCAUCCUAAUGGUCAUCAUCGUGAUUAUCAUCCCCUUUCGAAUCAAGAUGAUGAUAACUAUGCAAAAAUAAUGAACGAUGAAUUGGACAAUAGUAAUGAUGUGUUAUGUAUUGACAACAAUUUAUCUAAUGAAAUUUAUGUAUCAACAUACAGAAAUAUAAUACAAAUACGUAACAUCAAGAGUAAUAAUGUUGUUAGCACAUUUCAAAACUUGCAUAAUGAUCUGGUGGAUUACUGUCUUUUCAAUAAUAAACGAAACAACAUUUUUGCAUCCUCUUCAUUGGAUAAUAGUGUAAUUGUGUAUGAUUAUGAUUGUAAAAAAUAUAUAAACAAAUUUGUUGUAAAUUAUGAUUUUAAUAAAGUGGAUACAAAUAAUCAAAUGGAGACUGGAAUAAAUUUUCUUAAAUGGAUCAAUACCAACUUACUUCUUUUUUCAAGUUUAAAUGGGAAUAUAUACAUUUAUGAUAUUCGAUCAAGACAAUGUAUUCAUCAAUUUUAUAGCCACACCGAUACUAUUUUCAAUGUUCAUUUGUCUCUCCAUUUGUAUGACCAAAAAAACAUCCUCUGUAUUUUAACAGCUAGUGAUGAUCGUUCCUCGAACAUGCACUUUUUGGACAUUUCUUCUUUCAUCUAG